AACUCGCUAGUAGAUCUGAUUGGCCGGUCUCCUCCCGAGGUCCGUGCGUCUAUCUACUCUCGGGCCAACUGCUACCACCAUCGGAGUGUCCAGCCGACAAUCGGUCUAUCCGGCGAUCGGUUCUCGCUCGCUCGAGCUCCGAAGUAGUAAACAUAAGUGUUCUAAACUUUCCGUGACACCUGUCUAAGGCUGUUAUUGGUACGAUCAUCGUACCUGGAGGAAAAACACUCUCGGAGAGCGUGCUCUCGUGUGCGGUGGUGGUGGUAGUAGUCUUGUGUUAUUGCUACUAGCGCUGCUGCCGCUGCCGUAGAUAUUGCCGCUGCGGCGAGUUGUUACCACCGGCGACGUCGACAACAACAAUAGAACAAAAUCUGAACAACAUGAGAUCACUCUCGAGCAUUUGUUGGAUCCUUCUGUCAAUUUCAUGGAUUCCGCAAUCCGUAUGUGGAGAAGCCACUGCAAUGACCAGCUCGAACUACGAAGAGCUGAUAGCCAAGUACGAGGUAGUUUUCAUCAACUUCUACGCGGACUGGUGUCGAUUCUCCCAAAUCCUACAACCUAUCUUCGAUGAGGCGGCCACGAAGCUCCAGGCGGAAUUCCCUGGGAGGGUCCUUCUCGCCAAGGUGGACUGUGACCAGCAGACUUCUAUCGCCUCGAAGUUCCACAUCACCAAAUAUCCAACGCUGAAGACUGUGCGCAACGGUGCCAUCAUGAAGAAGGAAUAUCGAAAAAAGCGUGAGAUCGAGGCCAUAAUUUCGUACGUCCAGGAAUUGCUCAAGGACCACGUCGUGGAGAGUUCGAUGGCCGAUCUGAGUAAGACAGUCGACGAAAGCAAAAGCGCGCUGAUCGGAUAUUUCCAGUCGAAAGAAAGCACAGCCUAUGAGGUUUUCCGGCGUAUCGCAUCCGAUCUCCACGACGAUUGCAAUUUUUACUUCACCGCCCGUGAACCUCAGCCCGAUGAAGCGAAGGAUCGCAUUAAAUUCAAGGAGGCCCGCGACAAAUACGACCUCGUGAGAUCCCUUGAAUACAAAGAGAACGUCGUGGAUUUCGAGAAGCUGAAGCAAUGGGCGCAGGAGAGAUGCGUUCCUCUCGUUCGAGAGAUAACCUUCGAGAAUGCUGAGGAGUUGACCGAGGAAGGACUGCCGUUCCUGAUCCUUUUCCACAACCCGGACGACAAAGCCUCCGUGAGGGAGUUCUCAGACGUUAUCAGGAACGAAUUGUUCGGAGAACGAACUUCGAUGAAUUUCUUGAUAGCGGACGGCGUCAAAUUCGCACACCCGCUUCACCAUCUCGGGAAAUCGUCCCGCGACCUCCCAGUCAUAGCCAUCGACUCCUUCCGACACAUGUAUCUGCUACCGAACUACGGCGACAUCCACAUACCGGGAAAACUUUCCCAGUUCGUCAAAGAUCUUUUCUCCGGGAAACUACACCGGGAGUUCCACUACGGGCCUGAGAACCCGGCGACGAACGCGGUACAGACCGAUCCUCCUGAAUCGACAUUCCGGAAGCUAGCCCCCUCGUCGAAUCGGUACACACUUCUCCGCGACGAAUUAUGAGGAGACUCGACAGCAAGGACGCUUUGUUGUGUUUGUGAGAAUCCAUCUGACAAGAUCGGAGACCAUCCGAGAACUGCAGAUGCGGCUUCGGCGGCUGUGCUAGCUACAGCGUGAGCAACACAAUGAGCUAUAGUCAUAAUACGAGAUCCAUCUGUGAAAUUCAAGCCUUCUGCCUAUUGUCCUUUUUGUGUUCAAGCGUGAUCCGAGUGAGACUUUCCAUUCCGAAAUGUUAGACCUCCGUCAGUAGAACGAGUGCUGUGAGUUCACGUGAACGAUAUUUAAGAUCAUAUUGUUAAUAGACCAAAUACGGAGAGACUGAACAGCGUAGGGCAUAGCGCAUGGGACACGAACCGCAUUCGAGGGAGCUAAUGAGAUCAUUUUAUUUUUUUACGACCCGAUCCCGGCUUCGGGGAAGCGACGGCACGAAUAACAGCUAUCGGCUUCACUGACAUUUAUUGUCUGUCUUGGUAGCCUAGACAAUGAAUGGAAUGCGAUCGGAAUCUGCCGGUGUGAUCACGGAUCAAAGCAGAACGAAAGGAUUCUGUAGUUUCUGAAGGUGGCAAGUGGCAAUAGCUCAUCAUGACGAGUCGAGAGCUUCUCUGUCAAAUCGAUACGAUCAUCACGCCCAUCAGGGAAGAGACAAGCGUAGCAAAUGUCGCUCUAGUGAUCCGCGAGGAUACGAGAGGAAGGCGAACAAAGAUUUUCCGUGUUCCCUCGGGAGCACGGAAUUUCUACUGUAUUUUAAUGAAUGAAAAUAAACUUGUACAUUU